GAGCCGAACACGGACCCUCCAUUGAAGCCAACAGCAGCAGCAGCUACGAUGGCGUCCACGAUCAGCGCUACGGCAACAACACAAUCAACGCGACAACAACGACGCCUAAACAUCUCCACGACCUCCGAAUCCGCCCUGAACCCCCGCUAACGCUGCCGUGAUCGCCGAGCCACCCAAGGAUCUCGUCGGUCUGUGUGUGUCGGCGGCGGUGGUGGUGCUAUCCGUGCGUGCUUGUCCCCGGCGUGAACGUGUUGUCGGAGACCCGUACUACUAGCCCGAUGCAUCCCGUUCUCGUUGUUGUGGUCCGUGUCGCCGUGGCGGCCCUUCAAGUCACCGACAAUAGCGGAUGUUCAAGCGCCCCGGCGGCAGCGGCGAAGACGGUGUAGUGAUCUGCGGUGGCGUGACAACACCGGUUUGUGGUCGGUCGCCCGCCCUAAACUCCCUGCUGGAGAACGUUACCACGGUGGAGCAGUGGGGGUGGGCGGGGCAGAGGGGGCGUGGCCCGGGGGCCAGCCCCCCGCAGCAAGGGGGCGGGGCCUUGGAUCCUGACGCCCCUCUGGGGCCCGCCCUCAGCUCGAGCGUCCUGCGCGCCUGCACCGCGCACUACUACACUUCCUGCCUGCCCGAAGGCCUGCGUAGGAGUGGGUCAACGAGCCAACUCAACGGCUGCGCCGCCGCCGCCGCUGCGAGCCCCGCCCCCGCGAGGAGGCCCCCCGCCCCGGACAGGCCCCACAGGACUCACAGCGAGCGUUCGUCGGCCCAGCGUACCUCCAGGAUGAGUCUGUACCGGAGCAACAGCAGCCUGGACCUGGAGCACGGCUGCGAGCAGCCCGGCCUCCGCGGUCCCGUGCGGCGCGACUACGGCUCCGCUUCCUCCCUCGACCUCCUCGCGGCUUCCGCGGGUGACGGCAGCUUUUUUGCCAUGCUCCGCGAGUACCGCGCCGGCAAGCGUGAGGACCCGCGGGACCAGCGCAGCCCCGGACCGGCCAACAUCCACGAGUUCCUCCGUGGACGCCUAGACCCGGCGCCUGCACUCCAGAACGCUUCUAAUGCGCUCGCGCACGGCGCGGUCGACGAGGCCUCGAGUCCGCGCCUGAAGACCAAGUUCCAGAGGCUCCUGGAGCUCCGCGACCGCGGGAAGGGUUGGAGCCGUCUUCCCGGCGGGCAGGAGAGCUCGCUCUUCCGCAAGUGGAAGCCCGGCGGACGCAGCGAGUCCACGGACGUGCGGGCCGGAAGCGCGGAUGCCUCCGCAGCGGCUGCCGCGGCGGCCGCCGCUGUGCUCCUUCCGGAUCCCGCGGAAGAACGGAUCCGGAGGCGCGCGCUCGCACACCACGACUGCCAGAGUUUGGGAGCCAAUUUGAGCCGCACGUCGGGACGCCUCGCGUCGUUGCUUGGCCGGCGGCGGAACACAACGACGGGGGCUUCGGCGGCGUCGAUGGCGCAGCGUAGCGCCCGUGGUGAGGGUACAGAGGGGGUGCCGGAUGUCGGCGAUGGCCGGCAGAGCGCGCUGCUGCUGAGCUGCCCGUUCUUCCGCAACGAGGUCGGUGGAGAGCCCCAGAGGGCGCUGGGGCUGAGCAGGGCAACAUCCAGGAGUCUUCCGCAGCACGGCGGCUCGCAUCGCGGCGGUGUGAUGCCGGGGCCCUGGCAUAGGCCUGCGGCGAUGUGUGGCGUGGCGGUGCUAGAGCGCGCCGGCGCGGAGGAGGGGGCGUGUCCCUACCAGCGUCCCCCGACGCUUCUUGAAGGCGUGGACCGAGGGGCACUCUACUACAGGACGCACUUCCAUGGGAAAGGUCACCAGAACUGGUUCGGUCUGGACGAGCGGCUAGGCCCUGUGGCCGUGAGCUUACGCAAGGAGCGGCCGGAUGGCCCGAACUCAAGGUCUGCUCCUGGGGCGCAACACCAGGCGCUCUACAGGGUCAUCGUGCGCACCAGCGAGCUGGCGGUGCUGCGUUGCAGCCUGGCGGAGGACUCCCUGGGCCAGGCAAGCAAUGGGCGCCUGGGAGCCGGCAGCGGGGGACUGCCCGUGCGGGAGUUGCUGGAGCUGGCCGCUCCGGAGCUGCAGGGCUCCUGCCUGCGGCUCGCCCUCCCGGGCCCCGCCACGGAGCAGCAGCUGCUGAAGCUCGACGAGCAGGGGCUAAUGAAGACCUACAAGGUGGGCGUGAUGUACUGCAAGGCUGGGCAGUCCACAGAGGAAGAGAUGUACAACAACGAAAUGGCUGGUCCCGCAUUCGAGGAGUUCCUCGAGAUGUUGGGCCACAGGGUCCGGCUGAAGGGCUUCCAGAACUACAGGGCGGGUCUCGACAACAAGACCGACACCACGGGUCUGUACUCCGUCUACUCCACCUACGAAGACUGCGAGAUCAUGUUUCACGUGUCAACUCUACUUCCGUAUACUCCGAGCAACAAACAACAGCUUCUGCGCAAGAGGCACAUAGGCAACGACAUUGUGACUCUGGUGUUCCAAGAGCCAAGGGCACUUCCGUUCACCCCCAAGAACAUCCGGUCACACUUCCAACACGUCUUCAUCAUUGUCAGGGCCAUCGAACCCUGUUCGGACAAGACACGCUACAGCGUGGCCGUGAGCCGGUCCAAGGAGGUGCCUGUCUUCGGGCCGCCCAUACCCGAAGGCGCGACCUUCGCAAAGUCCAAGAAGUUCACGGACUUUAUCCUGGCCAAAGUGAUCAACGCAGAGAAUGCGGCCCAUCGGUCGGAGAAGUUUGCCACCAUGGCCCAGCGGACGAGGCAAGAGUAUCUCAAGGAUCUAGCGAGCAACUACUCGACCAGCACCACCCUCGACUCCGGCGCCAAGUUCUCGUUGCUGAGCUUCGGGGUGCGGAAAAAGGAGCGGCCCCGGCCACGCUUCGUUCCCGAGGCGUUCGUGAAAGGUGCCAUCUCGUGGUUGGUGCAGGUCGAAGACCAGGGCCAGGGCUCUGUGUGCGACUGCCUGCUGGGCGUCUCCAUCAGCUCCCUGGUGCUGCUGGAUGAGAUGACCGGGGAGCCGCUCUUCGGCUGCCCGACAGGCUCCCUGCUGGGCUGGUCGUCCCAUACAGGCAGCUUGAAGCUGUUCUACCACCAGGGGGAGUGCAUCGUCCUCCGAACAAAGGACUCGGAUGUUGACGAGGUGCAGGAGAUUGUGACAAGGCUUGCCUGCGUCACGUCGGCAUGCGAGACGCAGGAGUUGAUGCUGUGCCGCAACACGGUGGGGCAGCUGGGCUUCCACGUCCAGUACGAGGGCCUGGUCACCGAGGUGGAGCCCCACGGCCUUGCCUGGGAGGCCGGACUGCGCAGGGGCUGCCGUCUGCUCGAGAUCUGCAAGGUGGCGGUGGCCACCCUGAGCUACGACCAGAUGGUGGACCUGCUGAAGACCUCGGUGAUGGUGAGCGUCACCGUGGUGCCACCUCACAAAGAUGGCAGCCCCCGAAGGGGCUGCCCCCUCCAGAACUGCAGCUACUUUGCGUCGGACUACGAGGGUGCAAUGGCGGAGCUGGGGGGCGGCGGCGUCCCGUCGCCUCCGAGAGGACACGCGUCGGCCGUGGGUCAGCAGGUUCCCUCGUACGCCAAAGCCAGGGCACGGAAUGAUCUCCAGUUCAGAAGUGCCAACCAAUCCCAGAGGGUGUGCGACACCUCAUCUGAGGAGCGUCCGUCGCCAGUGCCUCCACCCGUGCCGGCGCGGAUGGCGCGCAGCCCCCCCGGCCGGACCGGGGGCUCCCCGUGCGACCGGGGCCCUCGACAGGCGUGCACCUCUCUGCCCCCUCUGGUGGCCCCCACUGCACACACAGGCUCGUCCCGCAGUGGGGGCAGCAGUCCGUCGCUGGCCUCCCUCCUGCUGCUGGAGCCCCUCGCAGGCCCCCUGGUGGUGUCGCGCAGCGAACUCAGCCUGGCCCAGCUGUCCCACGAGCAGCAGAUCAGGGUGCCCGGCCUGCACCCGAGGCAGGCGCGCCACGGCACCCUCGACACCAUCGCGGCACCCCGCGACGCCCUGGGAUCGCAGCUCCAGCGCAAGAGCCAGGGGGACCUGAGCAGCGUGGUGUCGACGUCCUCGCUGGCCCUGGAUCGCUGCUGCGGGGGCAACCAGACGGCCAACAGCAACUCCGGCGUCCCCCUGGCCUCGGGCUACCAGUCAGACAGCUCCAGCGAAUGGGCGCUGGGCGCUGGCAGCAGCGCCGACGAGCUGUCGACGUGCAGCGGCAGCCAUCUUGGGAGUCCCCUGCCCAAGCGAGGCCUCUGUGACCGGGGCCCUGCCCACAGUCCAAAGGUCCGCCUCAGCUGCAGGGUGGGCGCGGAGGCGGGGGAGCCCCGGAGCCCCCUGUCCGUGGUGCGGCCGGCGCAGUCGCUGGCGCUGCGGGCGGGCGGUGCGGUGUCCCUGUCCGCCUGCUCGUCCCGGUCCCCGUCGUCGGUGAAAGGCAGCAGCAGCGCGGGGAGCACGAGCAGCGGCCCGGGGUCCGGCGGCUCCACCUUGCAGGAGGACUUGCUCAAGCUCAUUGGCCCAGACUACUUGGACAGCGACUGCGAGGAUCCCCCGUGGUGCCCCCAGGGCGCUCCGGAGCGGCCCCGCUCCGGCCCCGCCACGCCCUCUUCGUCUCUGGAGCGCGUAGGCCGUCGGCAGGGCCUGGCGCUGCGCUGCCGCUCGUCGUGCCCGUCGUCGGCCGAGGACGUCAUCCUGACCACGGCGCAGCCCGCCCAGGUCAUCGCCUGCCCCGACGCCAGUCCUCCUCCCUCGGGCGACAGGGGACCGCACCUGCAGGACGAGAAGCCCCAGCCCCAGAGACGACUCCAUGAUCUGGAGGAGAGGGUCGUGAAACUCCAGGAAACGUUGGCACAGGAGCAGCAUCACAAGGCCAACCUGGAGCACCAGGUGCGGCAGCUGCGCCAAGAGAACCACCGUCUGCACGAGCAGUCGCAGUCGGCCAGCGCGCAGCUCAAGAGGCUCACCGACUGGUUUUUCGGCAGCCCCGACGCUUAAGCUGCCCCCGUCUCACCCCACUCCGACCACCGGAACGAUGCCGCCCUGCGUCUGCCGAGCAGCUCUUGUGUUCGUCGGCCAUAAGCUCACCUUAACCUUAUUUAAAGCGCUAGGUCUAUAGUAGUACAUGCAAGAACUGCUGUGCCACGUACAUGAUGUCGGGAGGCGAAAGCAAACCGUGUUAUGUUUUUGUCCUGCGAAAUUAGACUAUGUAUUGUAGAAAGCUUAGAGUCUGCCAGAACGUUAGCUCCAGUGGCUCGGUUAAAAUUCCGGAGUUUCAAAACUUAACGCUUACGAGAGUAAAGAGAGAACAACUGCGUCUGCCUCUGAAAGGCGGCAAAAGCAGACGUAGUAUGCUCUGUCUUUUUUCUGCUGCAUCUCUCAAAUGGUGCCGCUCUUGGUAACAGGCAGACAUAACGUAGGAGCAGACAGUGCCCUAAUGCCUGCUAAUUACUCUACCGGGCCUCCGCGAGAAAAUUAAACCCUGUUUUUCGCACCGCAAAGAUAAACUAGACAUCGUGGAGAGCUCAAACUCCGUUAAAACGUGGCCCCAGUCAUUCGAGCAAGAUGCCAAAGUUUCAGCACCCUCUGUUAUCUUAUUCAAAAGUUAGAAGUGAUUUUCUGAAAUUUUCGAUGGAAAAAUAGGGCCCGUUUUCACUCAUUUUCGGUUCUUGGCGCCAUAGAGCACGUAUUCGGAAGCUCCAUCAGCCGCCAUAUUAUUUUUAUUGAAAUUUUCAGAAAAUCGCUGAUGACAUUUGAAUAAGAUAACGGUUGGUGCUAAAACUUUGGAAUCUUGCUUGAACGGCUGGGGCUGCAUUCUGACAAACUUUGAGCUCUCCUCGAUGUCUAGUUUAUUUUUGCAGUGUGAAAAACAGGGUUCGGUUUUCUCGCGGAGGCCCGGCGUGUCGCCAAUAGUAGUGCCAUCUGAGUGAUGCAGCGGAGGGGAAAUGCACUCCGUGUGUUCUCGGUGUCUGAUGGUGUCCUCCAAUAGGCAAAACAGUCUUUCACUUACUGCUUUUCACUUCCGUAACCGCAAGUUUUUAAAGCUCGCACAUUUCAUCCCAACACACUGGUGUGCCACUCUGACAAGGUCGGAGCUUUCUGCAAUGCGUAGUUCAUUUUCCGUGUACGAAAAACAUUGUUUUCUCACCCGGCAUCUUGUACCUGGAUUUACAUGCGGCACACAACAACUGGAAAGCGACACAAGACCCGCGUUGCGUGACAUUUAUCACGCGAUGCCACUCCUGCAUGUGACAUAUCAGUCUACUUCCACACAUAGUGGUUCCGACAAGAACGGAAGAGUCAGUUAUGUAGCAUACGAGACGUGCAAGGUCGUUCCAAGGUUCAUGUCGGUCCCCCGUCUUUGUUACAUAGUUGAACGUCGCCCUGCCAGUCUCGGACGUAAGUUGGUCUCAAAUUAGUCCUCGGUGUCAUCCCAUUUGCUGGAGCCUAAUCCCAAUAUUGGUCCGACGUUAGUUCCCUCCAUUGUGCGUUCGGCAGCUGGCAAAUUUGUGGGGGCGACUUCGGACUCUUGCCAACAGCUUGUCGCUGCCGCGCUUUCUUAACGAUGUUGGUACUACAUCAUGAGUCAUGACUGUACUAUUUGUUUUCCCCUCAUUGCAGCGCAUUUCGUCUCUCAAUCUUUUUAAGUACUGGGCGUUAGUGAGAAAGACGGAACCGUGUCUUUCGGACCACGAAAAUAAUCUAUACAUUGCAGGAAGUUGAAACUCCCCGAGAAUGUGACGCUAGCGGUCGUGAUAGAACGCAGAAGUUUGAGAACUUGUUGUUCGAAAGAUGAAAGAGGAAGACGAAGUUUCUUUUGCGAGCCGACGUCCACUUAGGCCUAAUAUCGUUGAAACAAGAAACAACGACAUUGUGGGCGCCCGUAGCAUCUACUCCAGCGAAAAAGGUUCUCAGCAAGAAAGAAAACAAUGUUAUCUUUCUUGCCAACAAGUGCUAUUUCUGAUAUAAAUGCCACAUGCGUCUACAAUCUCGGUUCUUGUUUUGACCAUAUUAGGCUUAGGGGGAUGGCUCUUAAAGAAAGUUCCUCUUGAUUAUCUUUUGAUUCAUGUAACGUCAUGCUCUACAUCGCGUUCGGUCCCAACUGCUAGCGUGACGUUCUCACGGAGUUCGAGCUUUCUGCGAUGCAUAGUUUGUAUACGCGGGUCGAAAAACACGGAUCCUUUUUUUCACGAACGCCUGGUACUACUAACGACCUAUGCAUGUCACAAUCAUAACCAGCCAUCGUCUUAGAUUUUUCGUCCGGUUGCAGAGUGUCUACGUGGUGACCGUCGUCGAUUCCAUUUUGGAUGCAAAAGAUCUGUCGCGACGCCGUGUCUCGUUUUCGUUCGUGCUCGUAGCAUCGUCGCGCAGCGAGCGUUUUUCCAAGCGGCGUCGCGCCGAGUGUUGACAUUCCCCGCGCCUCCGAAACGAGGUUUCUACUGGUCUCGGUUUGGCGUCACGUGACAGCGGUUCGGGUCAGGUGACAGACGCGCAAGUUCUGUCCGACGGAGGGCCGUAUCCGUCUCCUCCAGAAGGCGCACCCGUCCCUGACACAAAGUGAAAUGUUUUUACGAUAGCGUUUACAAGAUGGAGGGAGUCUGACAAACCGUGUGCUCAACGUUUACUCAUUCUUUUUUAUUUUUAACGCUGCUAUUGUUCGGUGUCACCAACAUUUACGCCUGCAUUUCAGUUCACGUGACUUCUUUUUUUUUUUUAUUUACUCUUUUUCACUGUAUAAAUAUUCACUUACUCAGUAAUACCUGUCCGUUCUGACUGAAACCGUUUUUUUUUUCUUGUUUAGCUGUCUUAUAGAAGCAAUAAAACUAGCCAAAGAAGUUUAAAUAAUCAUUUUUACAUGAGAUGUUUUAUACGACGACUCAAAUUUUACCGAGAAAGGGAGAAAAAAAGAGAAGAAGAAGCUGCAUUAUUGUAUACAACCUUAUUGCAAAGGGUGUACCAAAAAAAAAAAAGGGAAACACCAUAUGUAUGUGGCGAUUUCCUGGUUCUUAAUGUACAUCUACUGUUUCUUUCGGAUAAUGUUAGCGAAUACAUGUUUCAGCAGUGAACACGUGCAAAGUUAGUUGUUCCGGCCUUGUCUGUCGGGAACAUGCAUUUCAGCGUUUGGCAAGCUCUGUUGCUCCCCGCAUCUUUCUAAUGCCACUGCGGUUCAAAGUACAGGCCGAUCUAAGGUUAGCAAACGAAAGUCGACUCGCAGAACCUGUAGCAGGUGUGACUUCGAUCCUUGCCUCUUCUGACUGCCCAAAAGGCCGUCGCUAAUAGUAGUUAUCGACAUUUAUCGGAUCUGGCUUUGAGAACUUGCUCGGGACGUUACCAGGCUACCUCCAGGGACACGAGGCAAUGCGCAGGCUGCCACUUCAUCAAUCAAUGAACGUUCGAUGUGGCUAACAGGGACUUUAUUCUAACUUAAUAAAACAUGUCAGAAAAAAAAUUGAAACAGGAAAAGAUUGAGGACAAAAUAAAGCCAGUUCACAUGGGCCUAUGUGAUUCGUCUUUUCUCCAAUUUCUUCUGUGGUUUCGUAUUUGUCCUUUCGUGGUUAGGUACGUGGUACUAAACUUCCAUCAACUUGCCUGCCUCUCAGCUUUCGGGUAGCAUUUCGUUUAGAACCAUCUGACUGUCUUUAAAGCGAGCUGACGCGAUCACUCUUCGAUGCCUUCUGAAUGUGGUGAGGGUGCAACAGCGGUGCCGCGCGGUGAAGCGCACCUUCCCAACGGUACACUACCAACGCCCCGGCUACUUAAAACAAAGAUGCCAUUCCGUGCCACCCGCUCCCGUGAGGGCUUCCUUCGAUAAUCAUCACACUUUUUGAACGUGCUAGACCGCAUUGCCCUCCAGAUGUUGUCGUUUUUCUUUUUUCUUGUGUCUCGUUCGUCCCGAAUGCGUGCUUUGUGAUGUGCCAUUGCGCGUGGCAAGCACGUGUCCACAUCCUUCGCCGCUUCGUACUGCGUGACGGCGACGACUCCGGGAGCGGCGGGGGGGAGCUCAUGUUUAUAUGUGUACAAAACAAGAAGAAAAAAAAUAACGGUUUACCGUACUGUGCGGGGAGAGGACGGCGGGUGGUCGACCACCCUUGGCAAUCAAAUAAAAUGUGUGGCAGAAUC